UUUUCGCUACGAUUCCUCACAAACACACGAUAAUACUCUGUAAUAAUUAUUUUUCUUAUCCACAAACCAAUAAUAAUAAAAAGAAUUAUUAUGUCGUCUCGUAAUAAUUUUUACUUCCUUGUGUUACUUCUUUUUAUUUGUAGCGCAGAGGUCCGAGCAGCCCCAUUGGCAUGUGAACCAAAGAACGGGCUAACUCGGACCCUGCGCUUCUGCAGGGUCAACCUCCCGAUACGUGCCAGGGUCCAAGACCUUAUCGGGAGGUUGAACUUGCAGGAGAAGGUGAAACUACUAGUGAACAAUGCGGCACCUGUGCCGCGCCUAGGAAUAGGUGGGUAUGAGUGGUGGUCGGAGGCGUUACAUGGAGUUUCCAACGUAGGACCUGGGACAAAGUUCCGCGGUGUCUUUCCGGCUGCCACCAGCUUCCCUCAAGUCAUCACCACUGCUGCUUCCUUCAAUGCCUCUCUUUGGGAAGCUAUAGGAAAGGUAGUGUCAGAUGAAGCAAGAGCAAUGUAUAAUGGAGGAACAGCAGGAUUAACAUAUUGGAGUCCAAAUGUGAACAUAUUUCGUGACCCAAGAUGGGGUAGAGGUCAAGAAACUCCUGGAGAGGACCCCACUUUAGCCUCUCAUUAUGCUUCUAGUUAUGUUCGAGGUCUUCAAGGUGAUUACAACAAGAAUCGUUUGAAGGUUGCUGCUUGUUGCAAGCAUUACACUGCUUAUGAUCUUGACAAUUGGAAUGGUGUUGAUCGCUUCCACUUUAAUGCUCGGGUGAGCAAGCAAGAUUUGGAAGACACAUAUAAUGUGCCCUUCAAGGCUUGUGUACAAGAGGGAAGAGUUGCUAGUGUGAUGUGCUCAUACAACCAAGUUAAUGGCAAGCCUACUUGUGCUGAUCCUGAUCUUCUUCGCAACACUAUUCGUGGCCAAUGGCGCCUCAACGGGUAUAUCGUAUCUGAUUGUGAUUCCGUUGGUGUAAUGUAUGAUGAUCAACAUUACACCAAGACUCCCGAGGAAUCAGCAGCCGAUUCUAUCAAAGCAGGUUUGGACUUGGACUGUGGGCCCUUUUUAGCAGUCCACACCGAAGCGGCCGUAGCUAGAGGAUUAUUAACCGAGGCUGAUGUGAACAAUGCCUUAACCAACACCUUAACAGUCCAAAUGAGACUAGGCAUGUUUGAUGGUGAACCAUCAGCCCAACCAUUUGCACACUUAGGCCCAAGAGAUGUCUGUAGUCCAGCCCAUCAAGAUCUAGCCCUCCAGGCAGCCCGUCAAGGGAUUGUUCUUCUCCAAAACCGGGCCCGAUCUCUACCCUUGUCCACUAUUCGCCACCAUACUAUUGCCGUUAUUGGGCCUAAUGCCGAUGCCACGGUCACCAUGAUCGGUAAUUACGCCGGUGUGGCAUGUGGAUACACAUCACCUGUACAAGGCAUAGCAAGGUAUGCUAGAACAAUCCACCAAGCAGGAUGCAUAGGUGUUGCUUGUACUAGCAAUCAACAAUUUGGUGCAGCAAUAGGAGCAGCAGCUCAUGCUGAUGCAACAGUUCUGGUAAUGGGCCUGGACCAAUCUAUUGAGGCCGAAGCUCGUGACCGAACAUCGGUCCUUUUACCGGGCCACCAACAAGAAUUAAUUUCAAAGGUGGCCUUGGCCUCAAGAGGCCCAACUAUUUUGGUCUUAAUGUGUGGUGGGCCUGUGGAUGUCACCUUUGCUAAAAAUGACCCAAAGAUUGGUGCCAUUAUAUGGGUUGGUUAUCCGGGUCAAGCUGGUGGGACCGCUAUUGCUGAUGUCAUCUUUGGUACCACUAAUCCAGGAGGAAAGUUACCAAAUACAUGGUACCCCCAAAGCUAUGUGUCAAAGAUUGCAAUGACUGACCUAGCAAUGAGGGCUAGCUCAUCAAAUGGAUACCCGGGCCGGACUUACCGUUUCUAUAAGGGUCCGGUUGUGUUCCCAUUCGGAUUUGGGCUAAGUUACACCCGGUUCACCCAAUCACUGGCCCAAGCACCUACCAAGGUCAUGGUACCCCUAGCCAACCAAUACAUCAAUUCAAAUAUGACCUCAUUUAACAAGAAUGCUAUAAAAGUGUUACAUACACAAUGUGACAAUGCACCCUCCCUAGACCUCCACAUUGAUGUGAAGAACAAGGGCAAGGUUGACGGGUCACACACGGUCCUCGUGUUCUCUACCCCACCCGAGGGGAUCAAGUCACCCGAGAAGCAACUUAUCGGGUUUAAGAGGAUCCAUGUGUUGGCGGGUUCCAAGCAACGCGUAAAAAUGAACAUACAUGUUUGUAAGCAUCUUAGUAGAGCUGAUGAGUUUGGGGUAAGAAGGAUUCCAGUGGGUGAACAUACUCUACACAUUGGUGAUGACCUCAUACAUAAGCUUUCUCUUCACAUUGACAUAGCAAAAUAAAUCUUAGUAUAAGUUAUGGAGUAUUAUUUAAGGAAAUUUAGGUAUAACUCACAUUCAGUUGCAAGUGUUGAUUUAAGGUGAUUGAUUGUUGAUAUGAUGCAAUACAUAGAAUCAUAGGUUCAUUAAAAAAAAAGAAGUGUACAUGAAGUGUGGUUUUACAUUAGUUUGGUUCGUAUUUGUUCUUUUGAACAAUUGAAAAAGUAUUGGAAAAUAUAAUGCUCAUACUAGCUAUACUGUUUAAUUGCAGUAUUUCUGAUUUUCAAUAUAAUAAUACUUUAUUUUGAA